AGCUUUCCAUUUCUUUUCUUAAAAGGAAGGGUGAGCAAGAGCAAGCUGGCCAAGAUGUCAGGAGGUGGGGGCGCCGCCCCGAGAAAGGCUCUGAUGCUAGAUGAUCUUGUCGAGGCCCUGGACAAGCGCGAGAGAGCACCGAGCAAUGUUCCGAAAGUCGACACUUUCCACUUCAAGGGGGAGCGGGUGUCUGACUGGUUGGAUUUGACUGAGCAGGCGCCGGUGGGACUGUCGGACGAAGUCAAGUUUCAGCGGAUCCUGAAGUACAUCCUUCAUAGCCACCAUCGCGAGGUGAGCAAGGUUGUGGACGCCACCAAUGGCAGUUGGGCAAGGUUUCGAGACCUGAUGAUGAGGAAGUACAGGCUGGGAGACAGCCUGCUGACCAUGGCUGACUUGGAAGCCAUGAAUAAGGAUGAAAUUUCCACUAUUGGGGCAUUCGUGCACGAAUUCAAGAAGAAGGCGAGGAAGGUGCACGGGAUCUCUGAAGAGGCGCAAUGUGCCAUAUUCUUGGGGUUGCUUACUAGCACGGAGGCCUCAGAAUUGACGAGCCAUGGAGGAGGAAGUGAGAAACUCACCUGGGCCACUAUCGAUAAGAGAGUGGAGGAGGGGAGUCUGGACCAGGCGGAGCAGCACCAGAUGCGGUUGCAGAGGCGCAAAAGAAAGGAGAGGGACGCCACCGCAUCCGGGACUCCGGGGGUAAAGAGGAUUGUUACGGACGUGCUAGCAGCGGUGGGGUAUGAUAAUGAGGCAAAAGUGCAGAAAAGAGGGGUGACCGGGGCCCCAGGCCGAACAUUAGGGGCAGUGGAUGAGGAGACUGGACGUGAGGACUACGGCGGAGAGGAGACGGGCUCCCAGGAGGAGGAAGAGGAGGGCGGUGAUGAAGAGGAUGAGAGGCUCCGACAAGAAGAGGAUCGACGAGCAGAGCAAAGGGCCAAAAAGAGAGGAGUCCAGGAGGAGGUCGAGCCGAGCCUCCGCGACAGUGUGCCUAAGAGGAAGAAGUGCGCGGUCCGGAUGGAGGAGGGUUUCGACGUGGAACGAAUGGUGGACAGGUUUUUGGAAGGUCGUAAUGACCUUAUGAAUUUAAAGGAUAUCCUGGCAUCUGCCCCAAAGCUACGUGAUAGUCUGAAGGGUCGACUUUCGCGGAGUUUUAUGCGGCACUGCGUCCAAUGUGAUGGUGGAGAUUGGGAAGGUGAGGGUGCAGGCUUGCUUCUUUGUUAUGCCCGACGUCGAUCACCCCAUCCUCCUGAUCCGGCCUGUGGAAACUAUGAUGGAACGAUGAUCUUAGCCCUGUCUGAUCCGGCCUGUGGAAACUAUAAGAUCAUCAAGUGCCGGAACACGGGACCAGGAAGUGGGAGGAAUAGGCCAAACCUCGGCUCCUUUACCUUCGAGGAGUCCGAGUAUGAGCGACGAAGGCUCCGGGAGGGACCUGAGGAGGAAGGAACGGCCGAGGUACUAUCGCUGAGCCUUACCGAUGUGAACAGGGCAAUGGAGGUGGUGGCGGCACACGAUAUGGCAGACCCCGAGGAAAUAAAGGCGUUAAGGGAGCAGGUCUUGGAGAGCUCUCAGGUGGGAGAGGUGGAGUUGGUAUAUCGGCUUCCGGGAGGAAGAGGAGGCCCUGCAAUGGCCCAAGCACGGACGACAAAUCGACCUUUUUUAGAGGAGGGCUCCCAAAGGCGAUACAAGACCAUAGACAAGAAGUGUCGCCCAGUUGCCGUGCUUGUCACAGAGGACGAAGAAGCCUAUUACGAGCGGGAGCGAGGGCUGAUACGGCGCAUGCGGGAGCACCCAUUGGCCAGGCCGUGUCGUAUCAACGAUGAGAAUGAGGGGAAGUUGAUAAUUGGGGAACCUGACUUCUUUUCACCCCAGGAGAGGACCCUGAUGGUGGAGACCAUGAAGAAGAGACAUCGCGCGUAUGCUUUUGAUGACGACGAACGUGGGAGGUUGGAUAUGGAUAAGAUUCCGAUGAUUCGGAUCCAUACCGAUUUACAACUAUUGAAUGCGGUGACAGUGCGGGACGUGGGAGGGCUGUCGAACGCUGACGCCCUGUCAGAGUCAUGCGCAGGAAGGCCUAUAAUCUCAGUCAUAGACCUUUAUUCUGGGUAUGACCAAUUUCCUGUAUACCCGCCAGAUAGGCCGGUGACAGCGAUGCAUACGGCAAGGGGGCUGAUUCAUAUGAAUGUAGCCUCUCAAGGAUGGACCAAUGCGGUGGCAAUGGUACAAAGGCACAUGAUUAGGGCCAUGCAGACGGUUAGUCCACAUAUCACCCAACCCUAUAUUGACGAUUUGGCGGUCAAAGGUCCGAAGGAGAAGGAGGAAGAUGAAGUGGUGCCUGGAGUGAGGCAAUUCGUCUGGAAGCAUAUCCAGGAUAUUGAUCAGGUUCUGGGUCUGCUAGAGGAACACAAUCUGACGGCGAGUGGUCCCAAGUCGAAACAUUGUAUGAGGGAGGUCACGAUUCUAGGUUUUGUCUGUAAUGAGAAGGGGCGAAGGCCGGAUGUAAAGAAGAUAGACAAGAUCAUUGAGUGGCCAAUGCCCUUCCACUCGAUAACAGACGUAAGGAGUUUCCUUGGGACUUGUGGCUUCUGGAGGAGCUUCGUGAAGGACUUUGCCGCCAAGACGGAGCAUUUGAGGAAGUUGGUGCGUCAGGACCAGGAAUGGGUCUGGGGUAAAGAUCAGGAAGAGGCAGUGGACAGGAUGAAGGGAGAGUUUAAGGAAGGAGGCUUGGUAUUGGGAGCGCCAAACUAUGAGGCCACAGAGGAAAAACCAUUCGUUAUCGAGACGGGCGAUGGGCCAACUGCCUUGGGAGGGGUCCUGAUUCAGGCAGACGCUGAGGGAAAGGAGAGGCCGCUAAGGUUUGAAAGUCGUACGCUCAAUAUAACUGAGAGAAACUACUCUCAGUUUAAGAAGGAGACGCUGGCGGUACUCCACUGCCUGAGGACCUUCCGGAACUAUGUUUUCGGGCGGAGGCUCGUUUUGAGGGUGGACCCAUCUGACCCAACCGUCGUGAGAUGGUUGACCUACAUUUGGAUGUUUAAUUUCGAGUUGGAAAGGAUUCCAGGGAAUAAGAACAGGGCAGAUGGGUUAAGCCGUGUCAACUGGGAUAGGCCAGGGCAAGAAUCGAUAGAAGAUACUCCAUCUGUUGAUGGGUUUUUGCUUCAAGAGGAGGACAUCCGCCUCCAUAUAAACGAAUGGUCGUUGAGGGUGCCUAGCUGCGUCAGUCACUCCAUAUGGCUAGUGCCUAGGGGGUAUAAGCAAAAGGCGGAGUUGGUCCUCAAGCCUUUUCAAGAGGAAGACCCAUGGGGUGGCAAGGACGUCCAUUGGAUGAUGGAAUUGGCACUGGCAGACACACACAGUUUGGCGGAAGAGGUAACGACAAUUGAGGAAGGCCCUACUAAGGUUGAGGAGCACGAGCAGUUAAUGGGAGGAAUGUAUCUCCUAACGAAUACACUUCUACAGGGAGACUUUGAUCGAAGGGGCUCGUUGAACCCAGUCGAAGGCGAGGGACCUGUACCCGAAAGCCAGGACGAUGAGUUCGAAGAGGGAGAGAUCAAGGAGGCGUUUCGGGCGGAGGAGUAUGAUGGGAUCUACCGGGAGUUAGGGCUGCUCCUAUCGUGCGAGAUAAGGGAUAGAGAUGUCAGUGAUACGGCACAAAGGGCGAGACACCUGUACGUGGUGAGAGAUGGGCACUUGUUUAUAAAGCGGCAAGUCGGAAAUCCCAGGCGGGUUGUGUGUGGGAGAAACCGGCAAAUCGACAUUAUCGCGGCGUUACAUGAUGGUAUAGCAGAGGGGGCACAGAGGGCCUCACGGUUGGGGGAGGGCUCAGACGAGCCAGUGCGAUAUGUACCAAUAGAGGAGCCUUUAGACCCCGAGGCGGAGGCGGACAUACGGGACCGAGGGGAGCCACAGGAUCCUGGAAUGGUGGCUGAGCAGCAGGGUCAGGCGCGACUUCAGGCUGAAGAGGUGAUUACGGUUGGAGACGACACCCCUCCAGGUACCUCAGUCCCAGGGCAGGCGCGGCAACCCUGGCCAGAGGGGAUUUCUGAGCCGGAUAGCGAGGAGAUUUCAGAGCUCCCCCCAGAGAUCGCUGCUUUGCCUGAGCAGGGGACAGAGAUGGAGAGACAGGGGGCAGGGGAGAGAGCAAGGGUGAGUGCGAUUCCCGAUUUGUCGUCAGCCAUGUAUAUGGCUGAGCGUCCAGGUACCGAGGGGCCUGCACCAGUCGAGUCCCCGCCGGCGUUGCCAAGUACGAGUGGAGGAAAGAGUGCUGGGGCGUUAACUCCAAGGGGCCGCGGACCGAGAGUAGGAGGAGCCUCAAAGGAAACCCGCGAAGAAAAGUCCGCCAGAGUACGAGUCCGUCUGGCUGAGAUACACGCGAGACAGGCCGAGAUGGAGGAGGAAGGGAUAGCGUCGACACCGCCAGUCGAUCCCAAGACGAGUGAGCAGAGGAUCGACGAAUUGUGGGCCAGGUAUGAGGGCCAGAGGGAUGCAGCCCGCCAAAGAUCGCGAGAGACAGGACAGGCGGACGAGAGGGUGGAUGAGUUGAAGGAGGCGGGGGACUUGGGAUUCUCUGCCACUAGGAUGGCGAUCGAACGUGUGGAUGGGAGGAUUCACGAAGUGGCAAUUACAUCCUUUCGUCGGUAUAGUCUACUCAGUGACGAGCUGGCGGCCAGAAUACUGGAGGUGGAACACCUGACUACUCAACUCGCAGAGGAGAGGGCGACGAGCCAGGCGAGAAAGAUUGAGUGGGAAAGAAGGUUCGGAGAACUGGCAGCUAUUGUAAAUAGGCUUUCGGCGGCCGGGGUGGCCGGACAGAAUGUGCGGGCUGGCGUUGAUGUCCAGGAUCGAGGGACGCGGGUUUCGCCUCGUCAGGGAGCGGCAGUAGAGCCCCUUCGACAGAGGAGGCCGACGGAGGAGGCAUCGCGGGAUCCAAUCGGGAUGGAGGCGAUACGAAGGGUUGAGGAGGAGACUGUUGGGGUGGGAGCUUCUAUUGAGGUGGCUAUGCAGCCUAGGGUGUCUCCAUCACAUGAGGCCUGUGCCGAGGGGCUGGUCCAAGGACCCCGGUAUCCGCUCGCAAAGGGAGGUAGCGCACAGGAAUCGCUCAUGGUUAUGUCUGAUGAGAAGAGGGGGUCGCGCCUGCAUGAGCUGGCAGCAGCUAUGGGGAUAGGUACACCACAGGAGAGGCCGCAGAGACUCGAUACUCCAGAGUAUGCCCCGAGGUUGGGAGAGUUGAGGGCGGAGUUGGGCUCCUGGGCCACAGGGAUUGGCUCGGGAGGGCAUAGUUCAGAGCAGCAGCAGCAGGAGGUCAUGAGUGGUCCAGCCGCUGCAGUGGUUCCUCGGCCGUCAGGGCCGUGUGGGGAUGAGGUGAUGGCUGUUGCAGAGAGGCCCUACGAAGGGGGGCCCCAGAGACUGGAUACGCCAGAGUACAGGCCAAAGAGCAUAGUUGCACGGGGUGUUGAGGCCGUGGAGCCCAGAUCUCAGGGCCACAUGGGAUUACCAUUGUGUCAUGAGGUGACCACCGAGACCGAGGGGGGGGUCUGGAUCUUCUACCCCAAGGUUACCGAAUAAGAUGAAAGUGGUAAGUCUUCACCCUCUGGACCUCCUUUCCAUACCCACAGUUUAAGGUGUAACCGGAGGCUGGAAAUAG